AUUGGAUUACUCGCAGUGGCAGCACAGUAAGCAGCAGCUUAAACCCAAGCGAGAGACUGACUUAGAAGAAACCAAGAAUUGUCCGAAAGUCGCGUUGAAAAGGAGGAGAAUAUGAGAGGAAAGAAUCAACAGUCUGCUAUUGAUGAGAAGUACGCACAAUGGAAAUCUCUUGUUCCUGUUCUUUAUGAUUGGCUCGCUAAUCACAACCUCGUUUGGCCUUCUCUUUCUUGCCGGUGGGGUCCACAACUUGAGCAAGCGACAUAUAAGAAUCGACAACGUCUCUAUCUCUCUGAACAGACUGAUGGAAGUGUGCCAAAUACACUGGUCAUAGCAAACUGUGAAAUUGUGAAGCCAAGAGUUGCAGCUGCAGAGCAUAUCUCACAGUUUAAUGAAGAAGCGCGUUCACCAUUUGUGAAGAAGUACAAGACUAUCAUACAUCCUGGAGAGGUAAACAGAAUCAGGGAACUACCUCAGCAUAAUCAUAUUGUUGCUACACAUACAGAUAGUCCUGAUGUCCUAGUUUGGGACAUUGAAACUCAACCUAACCGUCAUGCAGUGCUCGGAGCAACUCCAUCUCGUCCAGAUUUGGUAUUGACGGGGCAUAAAGAAAAUGCUGAGUUUGCUCUUGCAAUGUGUCCUAAGGAACCUUAUGUGCUCUCUGGAGGGAAAGACAAAACUGUGGUUUUGUGGAGUAUUCAGGAUCACAUUACAACAACUGCCUCAGACUCCUCCGCUAACAAGUCUCAAGGAACAGGGGCAACAAUAGUGAAACAAAAUGGAGAAAACCCUUCUGUCGGACCUCGUGGUAUCUUCCAAGGCCAUGAAGCUACUGUGGAGGAUGUGCAGUUUUGUCCAAAAAGUUCACAGGAGUUCUGCAGUGUUGGAGAUGAUUCUUGCCUCAUACUUUGGGAUGCUCGUACUGGAUCUGAUCCUGUCACUAAGGUUGAGAAGGCUCAUAAUGCUGAUCUACAUUGUGUUGACUGGAACCCCUUUGAUGAAAAUUACAUCCUUACAGGAUCUGCUGAUAGCUCUGUCCAUAUGUUUGACCGGCGUAGCCUUACUUCUGACGGAGUUGGAUCUCCUGUUCACAAAUUUGAGGGCCAUAAAGCUGCUGUUCUUUGUGUUCAGUGGUCUCCUGACAAUCCAACUGUCUUUGGAAGUGCUGCAGAGGACGGUGUGCUCAACCUUUGGGACUAUGAUAAGGUUGGUAAAAAGAAAGAACGUGGGGUAAGGACACCAAAUGCUCCUCCAGGUCUCUUUUUUCAGCAUGCUGGGCACAGGGAUAAAGUGGUUGAUUUCCAUUGGAAUACCUAUGAUUCUUGGACUCUUGUGAGUGUUUCUGAUGACUGUGAUUCCAGUGGUGGUGGUGGAACACUGCAGAUUUGGCGUAUGAGUGAUCUAAUAUACCGACCAGAAGAAGAGGUUUUAGCAGAGCUUGAAGAAUUCAAGGCACAUGUAGCAACUUGUGGUUCCAAAUCCUGAGGACAGUUUGUUGAUAGACGUUAGAUGACGAGAUUUGAAGUUACAUCGCAUGCUGAUGUGCAAUAUUCAAGAGUAGGUGACACUGUCUCCUAUCUUCUAGGACCUUUUGGUUUUCCCAUUGUUUUAAUUGUCUAGAGACGAGACGGGGAGCAAGUGUGUCUAUCCUGUUUACAUAAUGUGGAUUGUAAAAUAGAUGUAUACUUCUGUUGCUUGUACACUGUCUUCAGGCUCUCAUGAAAUUAGAACAGGCUGAACGGUGUAUGCAAGGCUGGAUCAACUAGGAUAUUAAAAUGGUGUGACUUGUAACUUUUCCCGCUGCAAUUUCCGCUCCUGGCCCUGCCCAGCUCUGCUUGAAGUAUUAUCAUUAGCCAUGUAUGCUUAAUAAUAAAAGGGUUACGUAGCUCUGCAUAUAAAAAAGCUAUGUAGUCGGAUAAACCCCCUUUUAAAAAGGAGGAUCUAAUUGCAAUGCAAAUAAGGGGUGGUUCCUGUGCUGCAUAUAGAUUAGAUGAUAUAUGUUUUAAUUUGAUAUCACUUAUAAACAAAAUAUAACCAUCAAAGUAGCAAGCUUAACUAAUUUGUUAGAACAGAAUUAUGAAGUAACCUAAGUUUUGAAAUGUUGCUCUUGAAUCUUGUUAUACUCAAAAGACCAUUUCGAAAGUCCAAGCAGAUAUGUGUUGGAGUAUUAAAAGGAAAUUGUUAUCGGAUGUUUGUGAGCGACCUGAGCGUGUAAAUAUAUGAUAGUAGUAUAGUGUAGAUUAGUAAAUAUGUACACAUGAUAAUGAUAUAAGUAAUAGGUUGUAUGAGUUUUUGGGAUUCAUCAAUGAAAAAAUAAUUCUUAUUUA